UUUCAUGAGUUCGAAAGAAUGUAGCCAGUCUUUCUGCACCAGGUAAAGAGCGUGGCUCCUCUUUUUGAACGUAUGCCCAACUAAGACUUUUAAUUCAGGGGCUUGAGUGGAGUAGUAUGUUGUUUCUUAUUAGUUUUAAAAGUUGAAUUGGUGUUUUUUCAGCAUUCUAGUUCACCAAUGCCUUCACUGGUAUUAUUAAAAGUUUGAGAGCAUAGUUUACUUGUGUCUGUAGCCCAGCUAAAAUUAUGGAUGAGACCAACACACAUUGUUUUCUUUUUUUUAAAGAAAACAAAAGUGUAAAGCAUAUCAAUCCUCAUAAAAAAAUAACAACAUGAAAGCAGCUGCAAAUAUCAAAGUCUCUCUGGUACUCCUCCAUGACUCAAAAUAGAGACCAGUGCAAAAUAAAAACAAAGAAAAUGAAUAAAUAUUAUUUCCUGGGCAGUUUGGAAGCUUUAUCUAUAUAUAUACUGUAAAUGAAGCAUUAAUCAACGUGUUUAUUUUAUUUUUGUGUCUGUAAGGUCAGUCUUUAGUCAUGGGAAUGCAUAAACAGCUGCAGUUCCUGACAGUUUACUCUCAAGUAGUUCCAAGUUUAACGACUUUUGAGGAAGAUUAAAGCAGUGUCUGUGUCCUCUGAAGAGUUUAACCAGCCACUUUAUCAAUAACGUCAGUAAGAAAUACUUAAGACACUGGUUCGCUUUCUCCAGGCGACACAAUAGCAGCAUAAACAGUGAUAGUAGAAGGACAGAUGGAAAAACCUGACCGUAAGAUCAAAACGCUUGUUACUAAAUCAAAGACCCUGAAAUAAACAAGAGAAAACUGGAGGAACUGCUUAGUAACUCUACCCCAAUGCAUGUGCUUAAAGGGAAUACAUUGAUUAAAAUGUAAGUAAAAAAAAAAAAAAAAAGCUAUCGAUUUCAUGCUUCUCUCUAUUUACCAAAGCUGGACAUGGAUGCUGGAAACUUUACAAAUUCAAGCUUCUCCGACUACAACAGUGUUUUUACAAAGACUCUGCUGCCUGUGCUUUACUGCUGUAUUUUCCUGGCUGGGCUCACUUUGAACUGCCUGGCAGCCUGGAUUUUCUUCAAAAUUCCAAGCCAGACCAGUUUUAUAGUUUAUCUCAAAAACAUUGUGGUGGCCGAUUUGUUCAUGACAGCAUCUUUCCCCUUCAAGAUUGUCAACGACUUCGGCCUGGCGAACUGGUAUCUGCAGGUUGUGGUGUGCCGUUACACAGCCAUCGUGUUCUAUUUAAACAUGUACAUGGGUAUCAUCUUUCUUGGGCUGAUCAGUUUGGAGCGCUAUGUCAAGAUUGUGAAACCCCCCGGAACCUUUAUCAUUCACAAUGUCACAUUCUCCAAAGCACUGGCGACAGCAACAUGGGUUUUUAUGAUGAUCCUUCUCAUACCAAACAUUAUUUUAACCAACAAGGAGGCCAACGAAGACACUUCAAAAAAAUGCAUUCAACUCAAGACUGACCUGGGCGUGCAGUGGCACAAGGUUUCCAACUACGCCUGCAUUGCUGCUUUCUGGGUUGUUUUUCUGCUGAUGUUUUUUUGUUACGCUUCAAUUUCGAAGACAAUCUACAAUUCUUACAGAAAGUUCCAAAAGAACAACACAGAGAGCAGAAGGAAAUCCAGGCAGAACAUCUUCAGUCUUCUGGUGGUGUUUGUCAUCUGUUUUGUGCCAUACCAUGCUUGUAGGAUUUUCUACACCUUAAGUCAAACUAUCGACUCAUUCAGUGAUCAGACCAAGUACAUACUGUUCCAUAUAAAGGAAGGCACUCUGUUCUUAUCAGCCCUGAACGUGUGCCUCGAUCCUGUCGUUUACUUUCUCAUGUGCAAGUCAUUUCGGUUGUUGCUUUUAGAAAGAUUUUCGAAGAAGGCAUCUGAUUCUAGAAGAAAGUCCCUGACUGCUCCUUACAGUGAAAGCAUACUGUGAGGUUUACUGCUCAGAAUCUAAGGCAUUCAAUGUUUUACAAGUGUACAUGGCCUGUUUUUCUUAAAUGGAAAUCAAUACCCCUAAACACCACUGCCUGUUCUUAAACAGUGGUUGUUUUCCAGAUGUAUAAUACCAAUAUUGUAUUUGUUAUUUAAAACAAAGAUCAAAUAUGCUAAUUACGGGGGCUCCUGAGUGGCUAAUCCAGUAAAAGCACUCCGUGUGGAGUGCAGGAUGCGCCCUAUAGCCUGGAGAUCGCUGGUUUGAGUCCAUGUUAUACCAUCGCCAAUUGUGGCUUGGAGUUCCCAGGGGGCGGCGCACAAUUGGGUGGGGAGGGCUCAGGUCGGCUGUAGAAGUCACUCAGAUCUGUGUUGUCCUCCGGCACUAUGAGUCUGGUGGCUUUGCUGUAGACCUGCAGCGCAAAAAAAGACGGCUUGACAGGACAUGUUUCAGAGGACACAUAUAUCUGCCACCGUUUCCCGGGGUAAAAAUCAUUGGCAACGAAUAACUAAAAUAAAAAAUGUAAUUUUUCUUUUUAUCUAUAUAAAAAUGUAUACAGAUAUGUAAAAAGGUUUGAAACGAGAAUAUUAAAGUUAGCUAUAUAUAUAGUAUAUAGGAUAUAUAUAGUGUUAGUUCCUAUUUUAGUUUAGUACUUAAAUGAGCACUAUUGUUUUUCUUGUAUGUAGUGAUCUAAUUUUCUAGAAGUGAUGUACAGCUGUGAGCUGCACAAGCAAGAAAUAAUGACCACAACACUGUUGAAACAAACAGAAUGUAUGACUAUGCCCUAUAGAGGGAGAAGCUAUGUGAGCAUGUGAGCAAGCUUCACAUUUAUGGGGGAGAGUUUGAUAGUUGCCCAAAUUCUAAGCAGCAAUCAGAAUACAGUAUAAGCAGGAGGUCUGAUUUUCUGCUUUUACCUAAUUUAACCCGAUUUCUGCCCCCAAAUGCUUUUUUCUGCAUUCGGGUUUAACCCAAAAACUUCCCGAACAGGCACAUACUGUAUAUACAGCAAUAUGGCUUUAAUGUUUUUGCUUUUUUUUCACCCUUUUCUUCCCAGUUAUUUGUUUUAUGAGGGUGUGUUUAAGGCAAGCGCAUUUAGAUGUAACAGUCGAUCGUUUCUCUUUGUAAAACAGCAUGGAGUAAAGUUGUU